GUGGUUUCAACGUGCAGUGCGAGAUAUCUACUGCAUUCCGGCGGUUUGCUUCUAGGAAAUCAUCUCGUCUUCUUUACAUUUUCUUGAUUCCACUGCAAAUUUGCCCUCACAGCUCGUCCGCCUCUUUGACCCUUGCUCUCGCGAUGGGGCAUACUCAAAAACAACAAUAUGUCAGCCGGCCAUCCCUCUCAGUACAAGAGUGGCUUGACCUGCCAUUCCGGCUGCUGAUAUGGGCGCCGAUCCAACUGACGAUCAACCUCGUCCGCGGCAUCCUCACAGCGAUAUGGCGCAGGCUACCACUGAGGCCAUACAUAGCCUGUGCCGCGAUCCGCAUGUUCCUAUACACCUUCUCCCCGGCGCAGAUCCAGCUCUUCUCGCCGCCCACAAUGGACACAUACAAGGCCUGGAUCCGCAGGCGCCGCUCCAACGCCCGCGAGUCGGGCGACUCUGAACUCAUGGAGCAGCUAAAGGAGGACAUCGAGGUCCUCCCCGACGGCAGGUCCCACAUCCUCUGGAUCGGCGACCGGCACAGGGCCACCAGGUUCGUCUACUUCUUCCACGGCGGCGGCUACAUCGCGCCCGCGAUCCCGGGGCACAUGGAGUGGUGCCUGCAGGCGUACGUCCUGGCCAGCAGGCACGCGCCGCUGCGGGCUGGCAACACCACCACCACCACCAGCAGCCGCGACAAGGUCGCCGUCGCCGUGCUGCAGUACACCCUGGCGCCGCAGGCCCGGUUCCCGACCCAGCUGUGCCAGGCGGCGUCGGGGCUCGCGCACCUCCUGCGGGCCGGGGUCCGGCCCUCGCAGCUCGUGGUGGGCGGCGACUCGGCGGGCGGCAACCUGGCCGCCCAGCUGCUCGGCCACCUGCUGCACCCGUACCCGCUGGCCGAGCGGGUCGUGCUGGACGAGCCGCUGGCGGGCGCGUUUCUGGUCAGCCCGUUCGUGAGCCGGAACGUGCGGGCGCGGUCGUUUGUCGACGGGCGGCCGUGCGAUAUGCUCAGCGAGGGCAUCUUUGACGGCCCCAGCCGGGAGAUGUUCCAUGAGAGGCCGGCGGGCCUGAUGGGUGUGCUGUUCCCCAGGUGGGGUGGGCUUGUCGAGACCAAGGAGUUCCGGGAGGGGAGGGGGUGGGCGCUCAUGGCGGAUGUGGAUGAGAAGUGGCUGGACGGGAUGGGCAGCAUUGUCAGGAAGGUGUAUGUGACGUGUGGGAAGCAUGAGAUUCUGAGGGAUCAGGGGAUCGAGAUUGCUGAGAGCAUUCGGGCUAGGAAUCCUGAUGUGGAGGUGAAGCUGGAGGUUGCCGAGAAAGAGGCGCACGACUUCAUCUUGUUGGAGGGACAGAGGCAAUCAGUGGGAGAUGCGACAACAAGGAUGCGGACCUGGUUCAGUCGAGUGUGGUCUUGA